GUCGACUCCAUCGUUGCUCCGUUCACCGACUAGACAUGAAACUCCUGUUGGCGUGCAUUCUCCUGUCAGUGGCGGUGGCGCAGGGAGACCCCCAGCGCUAUGUGCGUCGCUUCCCCUCGGGCAGGGCGAGGCGGCCUAUGGACACCGUGGUGCUCAGACCGUCAGGCAGUCACCAAGAUGACACAAAGGAGGCGCCCGGAGGGGGACGCAUCAUCGGCGGCGUCGAGGCGAGCCUGGGCCAGUUCCCGUGGCAGGCGGCGGUGCGGCUGGACGGCUCCGCCUUCUGCGGCGGCUCGCUCAUCACGGAGAACUGCGUCCUCACCGCGGCACACUGCGCCUACGGGACAACGUCGUUCACGAUAAGCCUGGGCACAUUGUCGUCCGCUGAAAACCCAGAGGGGGCGCUGACGCAGACGUCGACGGACGCCGUCGUUCACCCGGACUACUGGACGGACGGCAGCACCACGGACAACGACGUCGCGGUCGUUCACCUCUCGGAAAUGGUCACGCUUACUGACACAAUCAAGACUGUGAGGCUGGCGUCGCAGGUGGACAAGACUUACAAUUACUGGACAGCAACCCUUAGCGGCUGGGGCAAGGUGUCAGACGAGUCACAAACCGUGAGCCCUGCGCUGCUGUACGUAGACCUGGUAGUCAUCCCCAAUGAAGACUGCGAGGAGGCCUUUCCAGGAGCCAUCAGCAUCGACCACAUUUGCACAAGGGGUGCCACCAAUGAAAGUCCUUGUAAUGGCGACAGCGGCGGCCCUCUGGUCGUACUAGAGGAAGACGGCGAAAUCACGCAAGUGGGCGUGGUGUCUUUUGGGUCUGACUACGGCUGUUCACUGGGGUACCCAGGAGCCUACGCGCGCGUCACCACCUACCUCGACUGGAUCAACGAGAACUCAGUCCACGGUGGCCGCUGAGUUCGCUGCAGAUAAGCAAGUAGAUCCACUUUGUACACCAAGACAAUAAACUAAUGCUGGGAAAACAA